AUAAAAAAAAGAAUAAUUUGCAUUGAUAAAAAUAAAAAAAGAACAAAUUUGGACCCAUUUUUCUUGUUUGAAACUUGAAGAAACAUAUUAAAUAUGAUGUCAUACAAAUGGAGGAAAGGUAAGCGAGCUUCAUUUUCAUUCAUGGCUCCUUCUUCUCUCUCAUCUCUCCUUCAGUUUCACUCUCACUCUCUUUUCUCUUCCCACAAUCCUAACCCUAAAUUCACUCACAGUCACACCCUCACCCUCCCUUCUCGCACCUCCCCACGUACCCUGACCUUCCGCUCUGCUUCCAACCCCAACCCAUCCCCGACCCCCGGCACCGAUGAGUCAUCGCCUUCUCCGUCACCAUUGUCUCCGCCGCCGCCUGUCAGAAAGUCCUUUGCUGUCGCCACCGGGGAUCUCUUCUUGGGAUUGGCUUCGCGCCUCAUUAACAAGCCCAGCCGUGGACCAAAUGGCGAGGAGCUGGCCUCGGUUGCUAUGUUCGAAAACUAUGGCAGUGUGGUUCGGAGUAAGAAGGAGAGGAUUGGGGCGGUCAUAGAGGAUGAAAUUGAGCCUGAUGUUGUGUGGGAGCAGAGCGUGAUGGACGUCGAGGCUGAGAAGCAACGCCGCGUGGUUACCAGUCCCGGGUUUAGCUUCUCCGCCGCAGGACUUCUCUUCCCAUACCACCUUGGGGUUGCUCAGUUUCUCAUAGAGAAUGGGUACAUUAAGGAAAGCACUCCAUUAGCUGGUUCCUCAGCUGGGGCCAUUGUUUGUGCGGUGAUUGCUUCUGGAGCUAGUAUGGAUGAGGCAUUGAAAGCUACUAAGAUACUGGCUGAAGAUUGUCGGAGCAAAGGGACAGCGUUUCGGCUUGGGGCUGUUCUUCGAGAUAUUCUUGAGAAGUUUCUGCCAGAGGAUGUUCAUAUAAGAUCUAAUGGACGUGUUCGUGUUGCUGUAACCCAGAUUCUCUGGAGGCCGAGAGGAUUAUUAGUGGAUAAGUUUGACUCCAAAGAAGAUCUUAUUAAUGCAGUUUUUACUUCUUCCUUCAUUCCAGGAUAUCUUGCACCGAAACCAGCAACAUAUUUCCGUAAUCGGCUUUGCGUUGAUGGGGGGCUAACUUUAUUUAUGCCUCCAACAUCUGCUAAACAGACGGUUCGCGUAUGUGCUUUCCCAGCCAAUCGCUUAGGGUUGGAAGGGAUUGGAAUCAGCCCAGAUUGCAAUCCUGAAAAUAGGACUACCCCUCGAGAGUUUUUUAAUUGGGCACUUGAGCCUGCAGAAGAUCAUAUUCUUGAUAGGCUAUUUGAAUUUGGAUACCGAGAUGCAGCAAUAUGGGCUAAGGAGAAUCCUGCUAAUGAAUUAGUUCAAGAUGGCAUUCCCUUAGUGGAAAAUGGUUUAGCACAAUAAUUUAUAAUAAAGAGUUCCAUUUUGAUCUAAAAAUAUAACAUUGUGGAAUAGUCGUCACCUCACCUCUAGUAUUGGGAUGCUGCAAAUAGUUUUCGGUAUCAGCUCAGGUAAUAGAAAUUUUCAGUAUGUAAUUUAUUUGUACAUGGCUUGAACCAAAAUAUGUCAUGAGGGACAGACCACAGUAUAUUACUACAUUGUAUAGAGGACUGGAUAAUUCUUUAUUUCUUUGUAAAGUAAACCAGAUAUAAGUAAAGGAGAAAAGAAGAAGAAGAAAACAUGAAGUUAAGAAA